GGGGGCGGCUGCUCGACCAGGAAGUGCUCUCGAGAGGGUGAGGUCGCCUCCGUGCUGGAGGAGUACUUCCGGGGCAGUAGGAGCGGCGCCGCGGCGGCAGUGGUGAGGCAAUGUUCUAAUCAUGUCGGAUAAAGAUGAUACUGAGACUCCAGUGGUAACUGAAGCAACCCCCAUCUUUGAAGAUGGGAACUGUGAGCCAGCCAAGAAUUCUGAGUCUGUUGACCAAAGCGCCAAGCCAGAGAGUAAAUCAGAACCUGUUGCAUCCACUCGGAAAAGACCAGAGGCCAAACCUCCCAUUGAUCUUGAGACUUCAGAAGUUCUCCCUGUUGAGGUACCACAGGCUGCAGGCAAAGAGACUGUUUCCAAAGAUGUCCCUCAGACUGGAUGGGGCUAUUGGGGCAGCUGGGGCAAAUCUUUACUCUCUUCAGCCUCAGCUACAGUAGCCACCGUAGGACAAGGUAUUUCAAAUGUCAUUGAGAAGGCAGAAACUUCCCUUGGCAUUCCUAAUCCCAGUGAAAUUUCAAGUCAAGCCCAAUAUGCAACAGGAGAGUCAAAUGCCAAAGAGAAUGAAAACUCCCCAGUGGUUGGGCCGUUUGGUGUAUUCUCAACUAUCUCUACUGCAGUUCAGAGCACAGGAAAGAGUGUCAUCAGUGGGGGAUUGGAUGCCUUAGAAUUCAUUGGGAAAAAGACAAUGGAUGUAAUAGCAGAAGGGGAUCCUGGAUUUAAAAAAACCAAGGGUCUGAUGAACCGGAAUUCUACACUGUCUCAGGUUUUACGAGAAGCAAAGGAGAAAGAAGAGCUAUGUACGUCCAAUGAGGUUACCAUGGAAACAGAUAAGAAAACUCAUUAUGGGCUACUCUUUGAUGAAUUUCAAGGCCUUUCACAUCUAGAAGCUCUGGAGAUGCUUUCCCGAGAAAGUGAAAUAAAGGUAAAAUCUAUUCUUAAUUCUUUGAGUGGAGAAGAAUUAGAGACUAUAAAACUUGAAUUGGAGCAACUCAAAGAAGCAUUUUCCCUAGGAGAGUUCUGUGAGGAAGAGGAAGAAGAGAGAAAAGGGGAUGAAGACUUUACCAGAGAGAUAACAGAACUGUUUUCCCAGCUACACUUCUCCUCCAAACCAGAGAAACUGACCAGGGCAAGAAAUACCACCUAUGAAUGGAUCAGGACAUCUCUAACCAAGCCAUUAGCAGAGGAAGGAGGAGAAAAGCAGCUAGGAGAAAGUCCUGAGCAAGUCAAUAAAAAUUCAUUAGAGGAUAUCCAUGCAUUUGCAAUCCGGAGCCUAGCAGAACUGACUGCCUGCUCAAUUGAAUUGUUCCAUAAAACAGCAGCGUUGGUUCUGCAUGGUCGGAAGCAGGAAGUGACAGCCAUAGACAGGAGCAGAACCCUUUCCCAGAUGACAGUUGUGCUGUGUAAAGAGUUAUCCUCUCUAUCUAAAGAGUUCACCACUUGCCUAACAACUGCUGGGGUCAAAGAAAAGGCAGACAUCCUCAACCCAUUAAUCACUGGAGUAUUUCUAGAGGCGUCAAACAGUGCUUCCUACAUCCAGGAUGCCUUUCAGCUGCUCUUACCUGUGCUGGAGAUCUCUCUCAUUGAGAACAAGACUGAAUUACCACAGGCGUGAGCUACAGGUCCAGAGGCCAUUGUUAGAACAUUGAAGAACUGAGAAGAUUCAACCUGGAACUUGUGGUGGUGGCCAAGAAAUGGAACUUUUCUUCUGGGUACCCCUGCAUAAAUGAGGAAAAGGCGUUAUUUUAGUAUCUAAAAAUUCAGGCAGGAGAGCAGGUUUAAGGAAGAAGUUUGUUGCUUUUGCUGCUUGACUGAAGUAUUCAGGUCCUCACAUUACUGUUCCCAAUUUUUAUAAUUAAUAAAUUAUUUGACAAGUAGCUUUUAUAGAAAGUCCAAGAAUAAUAGCUCUAUAUAAAGGUUAGGGGACACAGGCAAAAAUACUGGUCUUUCUUUGACAUGAUGCAAAACACUAACAAUUUUGCCAUGAUAUAAUUCUCACCCAUGUAUAUAAUUGUUAUCCAAGAAAGAACAAACUUAAUUUAGUAUUCUAGAAUUCAUAUGCUUUGUCUAUUAAUGCCAUGUACUUUCUUCUUUCUAGAAUAAAAUCUAUGGCUUUAACAAAACUGAGUAUGUAUAAACUGUAAUGAUAACCCCUUAUCUUGUGAAUUCUUGCAAACGGUUAGGAAGUUGCAUCUGCUAUUACACUGGGGAUAUAUGGCAUUGGGGGGAAAGUUGUAGUAUAUUAUACUUUGGCCACAUGAAUUAACUAUAGCAGAGUGCCUUGUGGUUUCAAAUUGCUUCUCCACCACUACCCCAGGAUGAUGGGCCUCAAGUUAUAGCUAACCCACACUUAGCUGGAUUCAAGACCAGUAAGUGUGGCACAGAGAAAUAGUUUCAUGUUUACAGAUAUUCUGAGUCUCCAGGAUGUUUCUCAUGCAUACCCAAUAUGCAGGAUAAUUUCUUUAAUAACAGCCAACUCCAAAGGAGUGUUGACAUUCUUUUUGUAAUGGGACUUUUAUUCAGAUGUCGUUGAAGUGGACUGUAGAGUCCCAUAGUUCAUUUAAUUUAUAAGAGGAUUUAACCUAUAAGACACUAUAUUUUUUCCUCCAUCUUUUUUGUUUGUGUUAAUGUAUUCUUUGGCAUGUUUUUCAAUACAAUUUUUAUCGUUAAGAUCUUAAGCCUUCUUUUGCUUUCUUUAACAACCAAGAGUAUUAAGGUGUCAUUUUCCCGAAAAGCUAUUUUAGUAUCCACUCUUUGUAAAAGGUUCUCCAACUUUGUUUUUAACAAUUUAGGUUACUUUUGUAAGCUCUGCCACUCAUCUUCUAAAACCUUUAAAAUAAAAUUUAAUAAUCAUGUCAAUCGAUCCUUUAAUUUACUCUUCCAGACAUGAGCCCCAAUAUCGUUCUCCAACCAAAGUAAAUAAAUAAAUAAAAUAAAACAAAAAUAGCAAAGCAGAGCUAUAACGUAGAUUGGUAUCAAGACUCUUUCUAUGUAAUCUCCUUGUUUGUAAGCAAGGAUGAAAAUAAAAACAUUUGCAUGUAAAAGGUAUAUCAGCAGUAUUAAAAUGUUAUUCUGUUUUUAGAGAAAAAUUCCACUCUCCCCUUGCCAACCUAAAAACUUGAAUAAUUCUGAAAUUUCAGGAAAACAGUUGUCUUCUGGUUUAUAAGACUGGGAUCCCAAGUCCUGAUCUGUUACCUCAGGCUCAACUGCUGUAUGAACUUGUGUCCCUUGAGCAAGGUGUUUCUUGAGAAAGGUUUAGGAACUGGUCAAGCUGUCUGGUCAGCCCCUUGUGCAACGACAGUUUGACAGCUUUUACUCUUUGAUCUGGAAAUAUUAUCUACGGUUUUUGUUUCAGAAAGAGGCAUACAGAUGUAGAGGGCAGAGCAGUGACUUUCUCUGUGCCUAUCCAGAUUGCAGUCCUUAAUUGGCCAAUUUUAGUUAGAGCUUACAAAAGGUGAAUGUGAUUCACUGCUUUUCUUUCUUCUUUAUCUCCCUUUUCAGUCCUUCUCUCACAAGUGUAUUUUAGUGGAGUUGUGGGCCACUAAUGAAAUGAUAAAAGGACCAAUUAAUUCUGAACAAUUACCCACCCUUAUCUAGAAUAUAAUGAAAAAGAUUUAAAGUUCCUUGAUUCAGCAGAGAUAGUGAAAUAAGAGGAUAGGUGAGUAGGUAAAUUCAAGGGUCAUUUUGGAAACUGUUGGAUUGUGGAGACAAUUUUGGACAGUGCUUGCUUCAUUUUUUCAUUUGGGUUGCGUAUAUGAUGUAGUUCCUUGGUGAUAACCUCCUUUUGGAAUUUUUCCCUUUAAGUUUCUGGUGUCUUAAGAUUUACCACUAAUUCCUAAGAUAAGCCGCUUCCCUUUCCAAUUCAUUUAACACUUUAAUAUGUACAAUGUUCGCCUAUUAUGGGGGCAAUGGUUCUCUUUAUACUAUUGAGAUCUUUGAAGGCUGUGAUUAAAAGACACUUCAUUAAUUUUAUCUAAAAGAAUUAUAAACUCCAUGAACUAACUCUUGUUUUCCUUUAUGUAUUACCUUGGAUGUGUUAAAUAUAAGCAAUAUUUUUCUUACUUCCUUUUGAUAGUUUAUUUUUUAAAGUAUAGAUAUCUAGGUUGACAAACCUGGAAUGUGAAACUAAUCCAUACAUGUGGCAUUACCAAGAAUCUGAAAUUGUGCUAAUGCACAAAUGUGAAUUUUCCAGUACUGAAAUCAAGAAACAGAAUCUGCAUCCUGCUGCUGAAUGAGGACACUGUUUUGCACUUGUUUUUAUCUAAAGUCCCUAUUUGAGGGAGAGAAAUCUUAUAGUUAGUUGCUAUUGAUGUUACCAUAUGAGAAAUAAACACUUUUCUCUAUUUUU